AUGCCCGCACCAUGGCGCCGCGGGGUUUACGACAAGGUGGACUAUGUUGUGGUGGAAAGAGAUGGUGUCCAGCAUGAGAGGGGGUUGGUGGUAGAAGAGCCUACGGCCACUGUGAACCGCCAACCACGAGCAAAACGCCAGGAGCCAAGUCCCACAGAUGCAGACUACGACAGCGAUUCUGAUGAAGACGACUACCCUGACAACCCGACUAUGACAGCUAUGACAACACCUUCGCUUACGAUACCGUCAGGAACUCCAGCUCUUCUUAUCACAAUGACUCUCAGUGAUGAGCCGCAAGCCACUACACCUGCAUUCGCCGAUAAUGACCCCACCGAGACUAUUGUGAUCGCUAUGCCGCCUCCGCCACCUAGACCCCAUCAUGAUCGCCCAAUCUCCCAGACAACUGAGCAUUUGCUCAUUGCUGCUGGCUCCAUUGGAGCAACUAUCAUCAUCGUUAUGGUAGUUCUUGCGAUGUACACUAUGCGAAAGCGAGGUCUUACUUUCAGGGAUGUACUCCAGCAGGGCAAGCAGCAGCUUCGCCGUGGGCCCCCACCCCCACCCCCUUCGAGAUACGGUCAGGACAAGAAGCAGAACUUUGAUGACGAGUACGCAUAUGGCAUGAACGACUCAUUCAAUGCCCCUCGACCAACAGUGGCACCUACGCGAUCUAGUUCACUCUCUUCGCAAAAACGACUUCAAGCUCUCGGGCGCAGUGACAGCUUUAACCAGCCUCCGACUAGAGAUGGAACCCAGAGCUUCUAUGACGACACGCCGUCAGUUUCUAACUCGCAUCGUCGCAAUGACAGCGCAACACCCUCAUCACCUCUUCUACCCAUAGAAGGGCAACGGCAGAGUGCAUCAACUCGCAACACCAGAUCAUUGGACGGCGAUGAAGAAUCGCUGCAGUUCCCUGACCCUUCUCAGGAGCAAAUCAGAAACCUGCCGCCUCCUCCAACAUUCCGCCAGUUCCUCUCAAACCGUCCCUCCAUCUCUCAACGACCCGGUUUCGGCGGUGCAUCCGCAGCUGCCGCAGGUGGUAUGGCAAGCAGGUUCAGCUGGACCAACUCCCAGGCCCCUCAAACCCCACACGAUCCCUCUCGCGACACAGCUACACAGCAACUUGGUCGUGAUAGCUUCAUGACUUCCCGCUCUUCCGUCCCACGUUUCCGCACAGUAGACUCCUGGGUGAACCAGCAGUCCAACCGCGUCGAAGAACAACGCCUCAAGCAGCAAUUCCGCAUGACGCAGUCUACCACUUACUCUGAAGAUGAGGUACCUGAAAUGCCAGCACUGCCAUCCGGUGUACCCAAGAACGCGAGUGGCAUAACUAGACAACCGAGCGCUGCGGGCUUGAGCCGCAAUGGAAGCAAGAGCGGUCUAGUAGGAAGGGACAUCAAGCACCAGAGGCACGAUACGCAAACAACAGCUCCUAUCUUCAAGGCACACCCAGGUACUGAAGUACGCUUCAGCACACGUAGCGCCGUACCCUCUGAGAUAUUGGAUAGGGGACGAGAGAACGCCGCACUAUAG